UCAUUUUAUUAACUUACAGAAUCUGAAUGAGCUUCCAUAGAGGAGGGAGAGGAGGGAGAGGAGGAGGAAGAGGAGGGAUUAGAAAGUGAGAGUAAAAGAGGGAGGAGCAGGAGGACAGAGGGAGAGAAAUGGAUUAUGUAUUAAUGGUGGGGGGCCUCAGUGUCUGUGAGGGGCCCAUUGUCUCCUCAUCCAUCAGGAGUAAAAACACUACAUACUGAAGGGAGGAAGAGGAGGAGAAACAGUGGUAGAAGAAUAGAAACAGAGGAUGGAGGUAGAGGAGAAGGAGGAAGAAUAAAAGAAUAAAGAGGGAGGAGGAGCAGAGAUGGAUGUGAGGGGGUGAAGAAAGAGGGGGCAUGAAAGGGAGGAGGGGGGAGACAGACAGACUGAGGAGGAGGAGGAGGAGGAGGAACAGGAAGAAGAGGAGGAAGGAGCAUCAUCAGCAGCAGGACACACAGACACACACACAGACAGACACACAGACAGGCAGGCAGACAGACAGAGAGACAGACAGUCGGCGGAUCACGGAGCCUCCGCCGCCGCCUCUGAGCCGCUGCAGCCGGACACAGAAGCAGCAGACCCGGCCGCACACACGGAGCCAUGGCCGCUGAAGAGAGCCGAUCCACGGCCUGCACCGGCUCCAGCCUCCUGCAGCCGGUCAGCGAGAUCACCAACCUGCCGCUGGACCAGGUGAACUUUGUGGUGUGUCAGCUCUGUGCUUUGCUGUCGGCCUUCUGGUUUCGUCUCUUCCUUCAUCCCAGUAAGACCAGUCCCUUCAUCAGACACGUGGUGGCCACUUUACUGGGACUGUACUUCGCUCUCUUCUGCUUCGGCUGGUACGCCCUUCACUUCCUGGUUCAGAGUGGACUCACCUACGGCAUCAUGAUCCUGACCGGAGUGGAACACAUGCACAAGUACUGUCUCCUGGUGGCUCUCAGCUAUCUCAGUCUGUGUCAGAUCACUCGAGUCUACGUCUUCGACUACGGCAUGUACUCCGCUGACUUCACAGGCCCCAUGAUGGUGAUAACACAGAAGAUCACCAGUCUGGCGUUUGAAAUCCACGAUGGAAUGGCACGAAAAGAAGAACAUCUGACUCCAGGACAGAAGAUCUUGGCGAUAAGGAGGAUGCCCAGUCUGCUGGAGUACUUCAGCUACAACUGUAACUUCAUGGGGAUCCUGGCCGGACCCACCAGCUCCUACAACGACUACAUCGCCUUCAUCGAGGGAGACCCCCGGCGCCAUCGAGACUCGGAGGCCGACAGGAAGUCCAAGCUGAGGCAGAGCGAGCCCUCGCCAAACGUGGAGGUCGUCCGGAAGGUGGCCACCUCCUUCUUCUGCCUCCUGGUCUUUCUGUCGGUGUGUAAAGUUUUCCCUGUGGAACGAAACAUCGACGACGACUUCAUCGCCACCAUGCCGUUCUACGCUCAGGUGGUCUACCUGUACCUGUCCAUGCUGACCACCAGACCCAAGUACUACUUCGUCUGGACGCUCGCUGAUGCCAUCAACAACGCCGCUGGCUUCGGCUUCAACGGCUACGGCGAUGACGGCUCUCCUCGCUGGGACCUCAUCUCCAACCUGAGGAUCCUCAACAUCGAGUUAGCCACCAGCUUCAAAGUUUUCCUCGACAACUGGAACAUUCAGACAGCACACUGGCUGAAAAGGGUGUGUUAUGAGCGAUGUCCCUACCACCCAACAGCAGCCACCUUCAUCCUGUCGGCCAUGUGGCACGGAGCUUAUCCCGGCUACUACCUCACCUUCCUCACCGGCAUCGUCAUCACGCUGGCUGCUAGAGCGGUCAGACACAAUGUGCGUCCGUACUUUUUGCACUCACCGACACACAAACUGGUUUAUGAUGUCAUCACGUGGGCGGCCACUCAGAUCGCCAUCUGCUACACGGUGGUGCCGUUUGUCCUGCUGUCCGUGGGUCCGUCCAUCAAGUUUUACAGGUCCUGGUACUUCUGCCUCCAUAUCGGCUGCGUCCUGCUGGCCGUGGCGUUGCCGGUCAAACCGAGACACCUCCGCCUCAAAGACCAGCAGAAGAACCUCCUCCGGGAGCCGGUCCAGCGCCACCCGGAGGCCACAGACAGCAACUGCAGCCAGAAGGAAAAGACCACAUGAGACGGAGGACGAUACCACAUUAUAUUUCCAUGUACAGAAAGACGAGGACCGAGCUCCUGCGCGGCGUACAGAAACAAGUUAAAUACUGUAUUAUUUGGAUUCACGGGACGAUACCGGGCCCUGGAUCUCAAAGGCCCGUGUUGAUGAAGUGUUAUGUCUUUACGAGGAAGUACGACUGCGGCGACUCAAACUCCAGAAGCAACAGAAGGGACAUAUAUAUAAAUCCGUAUAUAUACUGUACGUGGACGUGGAGCUGCUGUCCGUCAGAAACCUGCUGCUCAUCUGCAGAAACAAAUGAAGAAGGGAGGAAUAAAUGAAAGGAUGGAGAGUGGACAGAAUGGUUUCUCCUCCACGUUCCUCCCAGACUGCCUGAUUUCACCGUCAUCGUGUUCUAAUCUAUUAAACCGCCACGUCACAGUGUUCAUAGAGAAAGUGCCAAUGAUUACUCCACUCAGUCGCCUUAGUUGUUCUGUUUUUUUACCAGAAGAAGUGAAUCAGUAUUCUCUGGAGGAGGUUCGUUGUGUUUACAUUCGUAGCUUUUGUCCCGUCGUUAUUUAUGUGAUUGUAACAGAGUAACAGACUCGUGGUUUGAUGUCAGAUGUUUGCGGAGGUUCAACUUUGAAGAAACGCUUCACGGGGUUUUGGGAAAUUCUCAAACUGUAAUUUAAUUUGAAAUCCAGACAUCAGAUAAAGUUUGUCUCCUAUAAACUCACAACAGCUGUUCAGUGAAGGGUUAGCUCGUUUGCUUGAGCUAACAUUUAGGUUAGCAGCUAAAGUAAUCUGAUUACUUUGUGGAGCAGCUAACACUGGUUCUGAUUGAAGGCUCAAUUUAGGGUUUAUGUCGUUGGGUUCAGUUAGGGAUUCAAAUUUGAAGUUGGUUAAAUUGGUUCAAGGUUAGCUAACAGUGUAGAAGCUAAAACAGUUAGCAGGUAAAGGAAUUAGCUUGAAACGAGCUAACGUUACGCCAAUUCGUUCAGUUUAGCUAAAACCUCUGUUUUGGGUUAGCUAACAGCUCAGUGCUAACAGUUCAGUGCUAACAGCUCAGUGCUAACAGCUCAGUGCAGAAGCUAAAGCUGGUUAAGUUUAAAUCAGGUUAGCUAAUGAGAAAGCUACAACAGCUAACACCAAAACAGUUUGGUACAAGUUAUUUAAUGGUUAAUUUUAACAAACACAUUUUUUUAGGUUAGCUAACAAGGUACUUAAGCAACUAAAGCUAAUGCUAAUGCUAAUGCUCGAGCUUAGAGGCUAAACUGUUUGGUGUUAGCUAACAGCUAAUGGGGGAGUUUGCUUUAGGUUAGCUGCCACGUCAUUAAAAAAAGCUAAACGAAUUGGUUCUGGUUAGCAAAUUAUUUAGCUUCAAAUGUUUGUUUGUGUGUUAGCUAACAGUUCGGUGUGUUAGCUAACAGUUCGGGUGUGUUAGCUAACAGUUCGGUGUGUUAGCUAACAGUUCGGUGGAAGCUAACAGUUCGGUGCAGAAGCUAACAGUUCGGUGUGUUAGCUAACAGUUCGGUGUGUUAGCUAACAGUUCGGUGCAGAAGCUAACAGUUCGGUGUGUUAGCUAACAGUUCGGUGCAGAAGUAAAGCAGUUAGUUCACGUUAGCUGACGGUUUACUUAGCUUACUUUAGCUAAAAGAAUUGAUACGGGUUAGCUAACAGCGCACUGUGACCCAGUUGGUUCGGUUAAUGGUUCAGUUCACCACCUAAAUUCUAUUUUAGCUUUGAACUUUUGGUUUCAUAAGUUAAUCAUUAAAUGAUUGUUGAUUAAACAGACGUAUAAUGUCAGCACUGUCUGUAAGUAAUCAAUCCUUCGAUCAGUGUUCUUCAUCAAUACAAUGAUUAGAAACUAUUUAUUCACUUUCCCCCGCAGCGGCUUCAUUGUCUCCUUCGCAAAAUCAGGAAAGAACGUUUUUUAAUUUCCUGUUUCCACAUCUGAUUUUAGUGUUUAUUUGUGAAGAUGUCUGGAGGACGAGGACAUCGUAUUGAGACAGUUAAUGUUCUCACAGCGAACCAGCCGCCUCUCUGUAGGUUUCAUAUGGACGAUAUGUUUGUUUGUUUUUUGUAAAUUAUGUGAUUAAAACUUGGAUUUUUUUGACACUUGA